CUCCUCCGGAAGUGGCUUGGAGGCUGUUGUGCUGGUGUUGUCUGCCCUCGGAAAGGUACUUGGGUGUGCCGUUCUGACAUGGCGGACCCUAAACCCUGCUACCCCUGCUCCUCCAUCGAGGACGACUUCAACUAUGGCAGCUGCGUGGCCUCCGCCAGCGUGCACAUCCGAAUGGGCUUUCUAAGAAAAGUCUACAGCAUCCUUUCUCUGCAAGUUCUCUUAACUACAGUGACAUCCACGUUUUUUUUAUACUUUGAUUCUAUACGGACAUUUGUUCAUGAAAGUCCUGCCUUAAUUUUGGUGUGUGCCCUUGGAUCUUUGGGUUUGAUUUUAGCCUUGACUUUAAACAGACAUAAGCAUCCCCUUAACCUGUACCUGCUUUUUGGAUUUACACUGUUGGAAGCUCUGACUGUGGCCUUCGUUGUUACUUUCUAUGAUGUGUAUAUUGUUCUGCAAGCUUUUAUACUGACUACUGCAGUAUUUCUUGGCUUGACUGUAUGUACUCUACAAUCUAAGAGAGAUUUCAGCAAAUUUGGAGCAGGACUAUUUGCUACUUUGUGGAUUUUGUGCUUGUCAGGAAUCUUGAAGGUAUUUUUUUACAGUGAGACAGUGGAGUUGGUCUUGGCUGCUGUAGGAGCCCUUCUUUUCUGUGGAUUCAUCAUCUAUGACACACACUCCUUGAUGCAUAGGCUGUCACCUGAAGAGUAUGUAUUAGCUGCCAUCAGCCUCUACUUGGAUAUCAUCAAUCUAUUCUUGCACCUGUUGCGGGUUUUGGAAGCAGUUAAUAAAAAGUGAUUGAAAGCAGUGUAUAGAAACUGAUUCAUUAAGUAAUAAAGUUUGAGAUAUAACUAACUAUUAAA